AUGGGCAACUGCACCUAUACCCUCUCCCAACUGUGUGACCGAAACAACUCUCUGCUCCCCUACUUCAAUGUGGAAGCAAGCAACGAGCACCGAGGGGGCUACACACACGUCUCCUACGUUGAGAGUGUGCACGUUGAUGUCUUUGGUAUCCGGGUCACCCUGGGAAAGGGAGGAAGAGUGACGGUCGAUGGGGAGCCAGCCAUCGUCCCCUCCACCCCAAUAGCAGGGGUGGAGAUCUUGCCCAGCGGCUUCUACACAGUGGUCACUACAGAUUUUGGGUUGAGUGUCAAGUUCGACGGAGACCACCAGGUGGAAGUGUCCCUCCUCAGCACGUACAAGGGUGAGGUCUGCGGCAUGUGCGGAAACUACAACGGGGAUCCUUCUGACGAUUUCCUCAACCCCGAUGGGGAACCAGAGCCUGACUCCACAAGCUUGGGCAACAGCUGGCAGGUGGCCAACCUCACCAGUUGUUCCUCCGGCCAGCCUCCUGCCUGCACAGAGGAUGAGAAAGACACAGCCAAGAGCAGCGAUUUCUGUGGACGCCUGACAGAUAUCAAUGGACCAUUCAGACAUUGCCAUAACGUCUUGGAUCCAGCGGGGCAUUUUGAAAGCUGCCUUUAUGAUCAGUGCGCUCUGCACUUAGACCCAGGCUCCCUCUGCAGGAGCUUGCAGUCCUACGCAGACGCCUGCCAGUCCCUGGGAGUUGCCAUCGAACCCUGGCGGAAUGCCACCUUCUGCCCUCCUCAAUGCCCACCCAACAGCCACUAUGAGCCUUGCGCCAACGCCUGCCCACCCACCUGCAAGAACCCCAGCGCGCCGGCCACAUGCAAUCUGAAGUGCAGGGAAGCCUGUGUCUGUGACUCUGGGUUCUUCCUCUACAAUGGCAACUGUGUGCCCAGCCAUCAGUGUGGGUGCUGGCACCAAGGGAAGCACUACCCAGUGGGCUCCAGCUUUUGGACCGACGACACCUGCUCCACCAUAUGCACCUGCCCCAGUCAAGGUGGCCAAGUCAACUGCUUUCCUGGUUCCUGCCCUAACCAUUAUUACUGCGGAGUCCAAAAUGGUGUCCCCAGCUGCUACCCACAUACGUACGGGGUCUGCCGUGUCCACAACGACCCUCAUUACAACACCUUUGACAAACAGACGCACCACUUCAUGGGCACCUGCACCUACACCCUGGCCAAGGUCUGCGCCAAUGAGACGGGGCUGCCCUACUUUAACAUCGAGGCCAAGAACGAACACCGUGGGAAUCCCUCCGUCUCUUAUGUCCAGCGAGUCCUGGUGGAGGUUUACGGGCACCGGAUUGAGAUCCUCAAAGGACACAAGGAUCGAGUGCUGGUGGACAAAGUGCUUACAAGGCUUUCUGUGCGCAAGCUGAACAACGCCCUGAGAGUGGACCUCAAUGGACGCUACGUGAGCCUAGAGACGGACUUCGGGCUGAUGGUCUCUUACGACACAGAUCACUCGGUGGAGAUCAGGGUCCCCACCACCUUCUUCAACCAGACCUGCGGCAUGUGUGGGAACUUCAACAACCGCCGGCAGGAUGACAGCAUGAUGCCCAACGGAGAGCAAGCCAAGAAUUCCACUCAGCUGGGAAACAGCUGGCAGGUGCCCAAUGCAGAGUACGACCCCCCUGAUUGUAAGGGCCCACCCCACCACCACCCUUGUCCCCCAGAGCUGGAAAAUCUCUAUGAGACAGAGGCCUAUUGCGGACAGCUUACCAGUAGCCAGGGACCGUUGGCAGUUUGCCAUUCUGCAAUCAACCCCAACAGCUUCUUCCAGAGUUGCCUCUUUGACCUGUGUGAACUGAAUGGGUCCCCGGAGGCCUUGUGUGGUGCUUUGGAGGCGUACGCUGAUGCCUGCCAAAGAGCUGGCGUCAAGCUUCCCGACUGGAGGAAUGCCACUUCCUGCAAAAUCCCUUGCGGUGAUCACAGCCAUUACAACGUGUGCGCCACUUCCUGUCCCGCCACAUGUUCCAAUCCACUGGCGCCGUGGAACUGCACCAAGCCUUGCGUGGAGGGCUGCGAAUGCGACAAAGGCUUUGUCCUAAGCGGAGCACAAUGUGUGCCGCGGGAGGAUUGCGGCUGUGUAUCUGGAGAUCAAUAUUAUCAGAAAGGAGAGACGUUCUGGCAGCCGGAUUGUGUCGGCCAAUGUCACUGUGCAAAUAACGGCAACUUGUCCUGCAACCCAGACAGUUGCAAGAACGACCAAGUCUGUAAAGUACAGAAUGGCAUCCUGGGAUGCUACAUUCCAGACAAGGCCACCUGCCACAUCUACGGAGACCCUCACUAUGUCACCUUCGAUGGGCGACUCUAUCAUUUCCAGGGUGGGUGCAAUUACACCGCAGUGCAAAUCUGCAGCAACUCCUCCGAGCGCUUCUCCGUGACCACUCAGAACGAACAUCGCUCCAGCCCGCACUGGACGGCUCUCAACUCAGUGGCCAUCUCACUGAGAAACGCCCACCUGGCUCUGAGGAAGAACAGAGAGGUCUAC